AUGCCUGAUAAAUGCUGUGUAACUGGAUGCAAAUCAAACUAUGAUAAUUCUAAUGAAUACUUCUCGGUGUUUCGAUUUCCUAAGGAGCCCGAACUUCGUGAUAUAUGGAUUCGAAAAAUACCGCGAAAAAACUUUGUUCCUUCAGCUAGGAGUGUUGUGUGCGAAAAACAUUUCGCAGAUGAAGACGUUAUUAAGUUUGACGAACUACCUAAUAAAGAUGGAACUGUAACGAAAAUUCGAAGAUCAAUUCCAAAAUUGAAAACUGGCGCUUAUCCAAAAAUAUUCCUGAACUGUCCGAAAUAUUUAACAGAAAAGCAACUUCCAUCAAGAGUAAGCAGAGAUGACAAAUUGGAGACUAUUGACAAAAUAACUUUAGAUAAAUUCAUGGCAAGUGAACAGCAAGAAAAAUUGUUACUAUGGAGCGAAUUAGAAAAUCUAUUAUCUUUUCUGAUUUCUAGGAAU